AGUAUCGUGUUGUUCGCAGCGGCUUUUUCUGUUGUAUGAGUGGUUCGGAGAAUUCAGAGAAGACAAAGCCCCUUAAUCGCCUCGAGACGCAGCUUCAAGAGAGAUACAAUCGUACGGAGUUUACGAUUUGUGAGCAGUUCAUCGUGCGCGUUUCACCUGCUAGCACUACGGAACUCAAUCCUUCGACGUGCCUCGGAUAUUAGUAGGGUUUAGCGAUCCUCCAGGGUAUUCAUUUGGACAAUGAGCUGUGCGUUCCCUUUUUUCGAAACUGUGAAACCGGACUGACGAACGAUACCGUAUUUUGUUCGAGACAUUACGAAAUCCUGUAGAGGCAGGUAUUUGAAUUUAAAAUAACGAGCGAACAUCGUUAUCGUGCCAACGUAGUUGCCGAUUAACGUGUUAAGAGACAAAACGUAGAAAAAGAAACGUUACAUAGAAGAGAUGAAAGAUACAACGGGUAAGAAAUACGAAAAACUUUUUGACGAUAAUGAACUCGACACUGCCGCAGCCGUCGUCCCCUCCGACAAGGAACAUAACGAAAAUAUACCGGUAAAAGAGGGUAAAGAUUCAACCCCAACAAUGUGGUUAACAACAGCUGAAUCAGCCAGUCUUGGUGCUGAGGAAGUGGCAGCUAGAUUGCAUGUCGAUAUAAGAACAGGACUUUGGUGGCAAGAAGCUGACCACCGAAGACAAUUAGUUGGGUUUAAUGAAUUUAGUGUUAGAGAGGAAGAACCAACAUGGAAAAAAUACCUUGAACAGUUUAAAAAUCCCCUAAUUCUAUUACUUCUUGGUUCUGCCCUUGUUAGUGUAUGUAUGAGACAGUUUGAUGAUGCUAUCAGUAUUACAGUGGCUAUCAUAAUAGUAGUGACAGUUGCAUUUGUACAAGAAUAUCGCUCUGAAAAGUCCUUAGAAGAAUUAAAUAAGCUGGUGCCACCAACUUGUCACUGCUUACGAGAAGGCCGUGUAGAAACAUUUCUUGCUCGCAAUUUAGUUCCUGGUGAUAUAAUUUAUUUAAAUAUUGGAGAUAGAGUACCUGCAGAUAUCAGAAUAUUUGAAGCAAUAGAUUUAGCAAUUGAUGAGAGCAGUUUUACUGGAGAAACUGAACCAGCACAGAAAUCAACAGCUCCAAUACUUAAAACUAAUGGAUUAACAACAAAAAGAAAUAUUGCAUUUAUGGGUACAUUGGUGCGUUGUGGUAAUGGAAAAGGUAUAGUGGUAAAUACAGGAGAGAAAAGUGAAUUUGGAGAAGUUUUCUCAAUGAUGCAGGCUGAAGAAGCUCCAAAGACACCAUUACAAAGAAGCAUGGACAUUUUGGGCACUCAGUUAUCCUUUUAUUCAUUCUGUAUCAUUGGUAUUAUUAUGCUUCUUGGCUGGAUCCAAGGCAAAGCUAUACUUGAAAUGUUUACCAUCAGUGUAAGUUUAGCAGUAGCAGCUAUACCAGAAGGUUUACCUAUAGUUGUGACUGUAACUUUAGCAUUGGGCGUUAUGAGAAUGGCUAAGAGGAAAGUCAUUGUGAAAAAAUUACCAACAGUUGAAACACUUGGUUGCGUAAAUGUGAUAUGUUCCGAUAAAACUGGUACUAUUACUAAGAAUGAAAUGACUGUGACGAUUUUGGUGACGCCGGAAGGAUACAUAGCUGAUAUUACCGGAGCUGGUUACAACGAUAAGGGAGAAGUACGAAUUCGGAAAUGUGACAAUUUUGACCUUGCACGUGCCGCUAUCACCAACAUGUUGGAAGUAGGAUGUGUCUGCAACAACGCUAUAAUACAGAAUGAGAUUCUGCUCGGUCAGCCAACGGAAGGUGCACUGAUAGCAGUAGCAAUGAAGUAUGGGCUGUAUGGAAUUGCCGAUAAAUAUCUACGGUUACAAGAAUACCCAUUUUCAUCUGAGCAAAAAAUGAUGGCUGUGAAGUGUACACCGAAAUACGGAGAGAAUAGACAAGAAAUAUAUUUUGUAAAAGGUGCUUUGGAAAAAAUUUUACCGUUAUGUACCAAAUACUCUGUUAAUGGUCAGGUAUAUUCUCUCAACCAAAAGAAAGACGAAGAAUUUUUGACAGAAGCAUAUGAGAUCGGGCAACAAGGAUUAAGAGUUGUUGGAUUGGCACGCGGUACAUCGCUACAAGAUCUAAUGUAUGUUGGUCUUGUGGGUAUAUGUGACCCUCCUAGACCACAUGUUCGUGAGUCUAUAACAACUCUCAUAAAUAGCGGUGUCAAAGUUAAAAUGGUUACUGGCGAUGCCAAAGAAACUGCAACUGCAAUAGCAAGUAUGAUUGGGUUAGAUGUACUUCACUCGCGAAUAAUCUCUGGAGAUGAGAUCGACUUAAUGUCUGAACAUCAAUUAGAACAGUGUAUUGAUAACGUUAGCGUAUUUUAUCGUGUCACGCCUAAGCACAAAUUAUGCAUCGUAAAAGCCUUGCAAAGGGAAGGAAACAUAGUAGGCAUGACGGGUGAUGGUGUGAAUGAUGGAGUCGCUUUGAAAAAGGCAGACAUAGGCAUAGCCAUGGGUAAAAAUGGUACCGACGUUUGUAAAGAAGCUGCGGACAUGAUUUUAGUGGAUGACGAUUUUGGAACUAUUAUUGCUGCAAUUGAGGAGGGGAAAGGAAUUUUUCAUAAUAUACGAAAUUUUGUAAGAUUCCAAUUAAGUACUAGUAUAGCUGCUCUAUCUCUAAUCGCGCUUGCUACUUUGAUGGGUAUACCGAAUCCUUUAAACGCAAUGCAAAUUCUUUGGAUCAAUAUUAUUAUGGACGGUCCACCUGCUCAAAGUCUUGGCGUCGAACCAGUUGACAAGGAUGUCUUGAAACAAAAACCACGUAAUACGAAAGAACCUAUGAUCACGCGACAUCUUAUUGUUAACGUACUAUUUUCAGCUACUAUUAUUAUUCUUGGUACUCUAUGGGUUUAUAAUAGAGAGAUGACGACUGGUGGCAACACUGCAAGGGAUACAACCAUGACAUUUACAUGUUUCGUUUUCUUCGAUAUGUUUAACGCUUUAAGUUGUAGAUCACAGACCAAAUCGAUAUUUACCAUUGGUUUAUGGAGUAACAAAAUGUUCCUGGUAGCUGUAACAUUAUCAGUAAUAGGACAGAUGUUAGUGAUCUACUUUCCACCUUUGCAACGAAUUUUCCAAACAGAAGCUCUUUCAGCAAAAGAUAUCUUGUUUCUCGUCGCACUCACGUCAAGCGUUUUCGUAAUAAGCGAGAUAAAGAAAUUUAUAGAGAGGCAACUGUACAGGCGUCGUGCAGAAUCUUGUACUUGCCUCAUGGAUGAGCGGUAUCCCCGCUAUGUUAUACUGGAGUAGAUCAUGAAUGAACGAUAACACGGGUUCGGCGGCUGUUGUAAAUUUGUCAGUGUGAAACAGG